GCGUCUGACUUCACCCUCCCCAGUCCGACUCUGUUGUUGUGUCGGUGACGCGGCAAGUCCGGCCGGCCGAUCGGCAAAUGAAUCAGCAUCAAUAAUCUGCCUAUCUGUGGAUGUGGAGAUUAUUAUAGAUCUCCCAGCAAAACACUCACACAUCGAUUAGCGGUAAUAAAGCAAAAAUGGCGGUUCCUGCAGCCCCAAACCUGCAGCUGAACACGGAGAGACAAAGCAGCCCUGUGAACUCAACAGAAAACGACAUCCACAUCGACGAGAGAGAGCUGGAAAACAUCACCAACCACAUCGAGGACGGCACCUCGCUGCCGCUGCACUCCCCAUGGACCUUCUGGCUGGAUCGGUCAUUACCAGGUACAACGGCAGCAGAGUGUGAAUCAAAUCUCAAAAAGAUAUACACUGUCCACACUGUACAAAGUUUCUGGAGUGUGUACAACAACAUCCCUGCUGUGUCCUGCCUCCCUCUGAGGUGUAGCUACCACUUAAUGCGAGGAGAAAGAAGACCACUAUGGGAAGAGGAAAGCAAUGCCAAGGGAGGUGUUUGGAAAAUGAAAGUGCCAAAGGAGAGCACAUUAGCUGUGUGGAAGGAGCUGCUAUUGGCUACAAUUGGUGAACAGUUCACAGAUUACUGUGCAUCAGAGGAUGAGGUGGUAGGAGUAAGUGUCAGUGUGAGAGAACGAGAAGAUGUGGUUCAGGUCUGGAAUGGAAACGCCUCUUUUGCCAAUGAGGCAAACGUUUUAGGAAGAAUCUACGAACUUCUUCCACAGAUAUCUUUUAAAGCAGUAUUUUAUAAACCACACGAGGAGCACCAUGCAUUUGAAGGUGGUCGCUCAAGACAUUAGCAAGCUUUGCACAUUCACCACAGUUUUCCCUGUUUUUGGACUGAUCCUAGAAAAUGGACUGAAAACGGAAAAAGAAUCCCUCCUGGGCGAACAGAACUCUUGGGUUUUGCGGUUGUUUCAUGUCACAUAGGGAAUGCUACAGCCCUGUUUUUAAGUUGUAAGCGUUGCAGAUGAUCCCUCCAUGCUUUUUGUAAGAAGUUUUCUCCUAACAGAUAUUUAGGCAAUAUCAAUAAAGCUCACAUAGCCAGUAGCAUAUGUAAUAUAAAUUAGGGUGACCAUACGUGCCAUUUUUCCCGGACGCAUCCUGGCC